AUGCUAGAAUGCUUGAGUGAUGAUGUUAAAUCCAUGGAGAGUUCUAUAAAUCGUUUGACACAAAUUGCUGAAGAAAACCGCGAUGGAAUGAAACAAAAGAUUAAAAAUUCGAUCACACGUCAUUCACAAGCAUCUAAGGAUACCAAUUAUCAGAAUAAUUGCAGCAAAGAGAAUGAUGAAUAUCUCUUACAGAAACUUGCGAAGCAUAACUUCAAGAGUAAAAUUAGAAGUAAAGUCAAGUUUUUCCAUCCUGGCACAAGAGAGUGGUUUUUAAAGGAAGUUGAAAGGUUUUUCAAAAAUGAGUACGACGAGUUUUUUGAGUAUGAGUACGUUGAGUUUUCUGAGAAUGAAUACGAUGAGCGUAUGAAUGAGCGCGAAUCGAGAAUGUUGUUAUUGACAGCUGGACCUGGGUUUGGCAAAAGUGUGUUUGCUGCUAAAGUCUGUGAAGAUUUUAAGAAGAAAGGAAAGUUUGCAGCUUGUCACUUUUUUGACUUCAGUAAUUCAAACCUAAGAGAUCCUAUGACGAUGCUGCAGUCUCUCGCAAGUCAGAUGUGUGAAAAUAUCGCAGGUUUUAAAGAGAAGCUUCUUGAUCAAUUGAGGCGACCUCAUCAAGUCCAAAACCUUAAGGAUGCUUUUGGAAUAUACUUGCAAAAUCCCCUUGAUGAAUUGGAAUUACAAGAACCAAGCUUAGUCGUGAUCGAUGGCUUGGAUGAAAGUGCAGCAGAUGAUAAGAAUGAAAUUGUAAAUUUGAUCGCUGAUUAUUUUCCAGAUCUUCCCGAGUGUAUCAAGGUCCUGGUGACUAGCAGGCCGGAGAUUUCCGUAACAAAACUAGGUGUUCAAAAGAUUAUUAUUGCAAAUGAUGAUUUUUUCAAUGAAUCAGAUCUUAAAAUCUACCUCAAAGCUUGCCUGCCAAGUGUUGUUGCCAGGGAUGUUGUCGUUGAAGAGCUUGCUAAGAAGUGCGAGGGCUCAUUUCUGUAUGCGUUUUGCGUUCAAGCUGAGCUGCGGAAACGGGAUGAUCUUGAUGAGAUGACUUACAAACAGAUUAUCAACUUUCUUCCAGAAGGCUUGGAUUCUAUUUACCAAAAAUAUUUUAAACGCCUCGAAGACGAGCUUAAAGCCGCAGUGCAUGGGAACGUUGAUGUGUUGAGAGUUUUGGAAAUGCUUGCAGCUUCUAAAGGAUCUCUUCCCCUCAUUUUCGUCACUCGGGCUCUUAAUUUGGCUCCAGAUUGUCGCGAAACAAGAAAGAUCAUUAACAAAGUCAACGAAACGGUGUCGUGCUUGUUGUACGUGUCUGAUGAUCUGGUGACCGUUUUUCACAAGUCCGUUAUUGACUGGCUUCUUGCAGAAGGCUACAAAGAUCAUGAAUAUACUGUCAAGGUUGUGGAUGGAAAUAAAUCGCUUUGGCUAAAUUGUGAAAACGUUUUCGAAGAAAUUAAGAAAACUGUUUACUCCGGACACGACUUAAACUUAACUAAUGAUGUCAAGUACGCUCUGGAUCAUGGCUUUGAUUAUCUGGGAACAUGCAGUAUAGAGGAAAGUUUGUUUUGGUCGGUAGAUGUUGUAAUCAUACACGUUUUGUUAUCUAUCUAUCCCAAGAAUGAUGAUAUGAAUAAUUUAUUAAAAUAUUUAAUUAAUCUCUGGGCAAAAAUUCUUCAUGGUUCUGUGGCCAUAAGUGACAAACUACGAGGACGUGUUUCAUGGCAUGUCGUUGAAUGUGCAAUUUUGGAAAAACAGUCAAUGCUAAAGGCCAGACCACAUUAUUUACAGAGUGUUCUUACACAGUCUCCAGAAAGCUAUUUCAGUGAUAACGAGAAGAAAAUUGUAGAGUCGCUUUUAUCAAAGGUUUCACAGUUUGUCGAGUAUAACUUUAAUGAAGUGGAGGUUUUGCCGCUUGCAGUAUGGCGUGAGCCUGCAACGCCAGAGUCAAAGACUAGAAGUUUUCCUUACAAUUUGCAAAUUAUUAACGUUGUUGGUUUGUCGCACGAUAAGACAGUAGCAGCUGUUGAACACAGGAAUGGUUCAAUCAAACGAAUCAGUGUGAUAUCCGUACCAAGUUUGGUUGAGCUUUGGCAAUAUAAAGUACAGUAUAGUAUUUCAUGUUGCGUAUUUGCUCCAGACGAUUCAUUCGUGUUAUUUGGAAAACUAGAAACAGUACUUAGCAUUCUUGAAAGAAAGGAAGUACCAUUCUUUAACGGAAAUAAAGAGAGGUUUACGUCGUGUGCAUUUUCCCCGAAUGGCAAGAGGCUGGUAACUGCAGGUGACGCGUACCGUUCAAACACCAUUAAGUUAUGGGACGUUGCCAAGCAAAGCUUGUUGUCGUUACUUUGUGCUGACGGGCCUGUUGGUCGGUGCUCUUUUAGCAGUACAGGGUUAUUUAUCAUUGGAGACAGUGAAUAUGUUGUACAUUCUACGGAUGACGACUCAGAAUCAGACUCAGACGAAUAUGUAAUUCAAGACAGGAGGUCUGACCCAAAAGAUUCGUUUUGCGUUUGGAAUGCCAUUACUUGGCAAAGAAGUGAUCAGCGAAACAUACGUGAUGUAAAGCUAAAGGAACCAGAAGAAACAUUCCAGAAGAAGAAAUGUAAACGUUGUUUUCGACCAGGAUUCAAAGAAUUAAACUCUUCAAAAAGAUUAGAACUCGUCGUAUGUAAGCCCUUGACGUUAUCGAGAGGCCAAUGGAAAGCCUGGUUUACGGGGAUCUACAAUGGUGAAGAAUCUAGUUUUUGUUUGAAAGAUUAUUCUUUAAGUGUCAUAGAAACUACUCAUUUCACCACGCUUGCUGCUUGGAACCUUUGUGUUUAUAAUUUUGACGCUGCUAUGUUUAAAAGAUUUGGCGUAAUAACAGCAAUUGAAGAUAAUCUGUGGUUCUACGCGGAUAAGGACAAAUUAUGUGUCUUCAGGACAUCAGCCCCAAUACACCAACAGUCUUCUCGUCGGCCACGUCCAACACGGGUUCUGUCGAGUUCAUUUUCUCCUGAUGGCUUCCGACUUGCAACCUGUAACUCAGAUGGAUAUAUCAACAUUUGGAAUGUCGAUACGAACGAAGUUGAACAACGUUUCAAAAUCAAUGAAGACGAUUCGUUAUUUGCUUGUUGGUGGUCAGAAAAGUUCUUGUUCGUGUUCGACUUUUUUGACCGGAUUCCCAGCUUAUCAAAAUACCCGGUGGAUGUCAAUUUAAAGAUCCUGUUCAAUCAGAGCCAGCAAGUGUCGCUGUGUCAUGUAGCGGAAGAGUUCGUACCUUUGUCAGCAAUUAUUGAUUUUUCAGAAGGCUUACUCAGUUUCGAGUGCGGAGGGACGGAGCCUGUAAAAGUUCUCGAUGUCAGUGGAGUUGGGGGACCACGAAUGGUCACCUUACCUGGAAUUGAGCCUAGAAUGAGUAUUACAGUUUCGCUUGGUGCUUCCUUUGUCUUUGGUGCCGAUGAAUAUUUGUGUUAUAUAUGGAAAAGAGGUGCCGAGGAACCAGAUAUGUACGACAUAUUUUUUCAUGAACCUGUUUGGACAAUAUAUCCUCGAGAUGACGAAGUUUGCGAUGAAGCCAAUUUAAAAAUAAUUAAACGAGAUUUUGUAGGUAUCUUCAGUAACGAUUCUAAAGUCGCUGUUGUUUUAGACAAUCGCCAUGUAUAUCUGGAGGGCGUCAAAAUAUUUGAUCUCGAUGGCGAUGAUGACAAAAGUGUACAUUUUGAUUGUUCUAUUUAUGAUUCCAAGCUAUUUUGUAUUAAUAAAGAUAAAGUUCUUAUAGCUGCAUCUCAUCACAUUUUAAAAUUUUUUGACAUGGACUCUGGUGCACUUCUCGAGACCGCUUUUCAACGAUGUUUGACAUGGGAUUCAAUAAUGCAAAUAAAAUUUUCCCCAAAAGAAACCAUGAUAGCUUUUCCUAAAAUAAAUGGCGAUAUGGAGUUUCUUCGACUGUGUAUUCCACAAGACCCUUUGUUGUCCACUAUGAAACGUGAAGCAGCUAACAUCCUGACAAAAAAGAGAAAGUCAGAAAUGAAAAACUUUGAGGGAUAUGAUCGCUGCGGUUAUAAUAGUGAUAGUUAUGAUGACUUCUUUUUUUAA